AUGCGGCUGCACUCAUCAGCUAGUUCGGUGGCCUUGGUAUUGGCUUCGUCGCUGCUGUUGGUCUUAUUGACCAUUACACCAGAAGUGAAUUCUGUUUAUGUUUAUGGUGAACCAAAAUAUAAAUGUCCGGCAAAACCCAAAUUAAUCUUCCCCUGUGUCUGUUAUAACAACACCGAUAUUGGCAUCUAUGUAAGAUGUGAUAAUACAAAUUUGGCCACCCUAUCGGUGGCCAUGCAAAAUUUGGCAGCCUUGGAAUUACCCGUUGAGGAGCUGACCAUCAAUAAAGGGCAUUUUGAACGUCUCUUUGGCCCGCUAUUUUCCAAGGUACCCGCACGUAAGAUGACAAUUAUGGAUACACCUGUGAAUACCCUGGAUGAUUAUGUAUUCCAUGGCAUUAAUAAAACACUGGAGGAAUUGUAUUUUGUAAAUACACAUUUGGGCCAUAUAUCACCAUUGUCGUUUGGGGUCCUGGGCAAACUUACCACUUUAGAAAUUGAUAAGCAUAAUUUCACAACACUGCCGAAGAAUUUAUUUGCCGAUCAGUAUAUAGCCAAUACGGUGACUGUGGUGAGGCUUACCAAUGGCCUCUUGAAUGAUUUGCCCAUUGAAACAUUUCAGCCCCUGCGAAAACUGAAGACCCUCGAUUUACAUGGCAAUCAGUUGGAAAAUCUGAAACGAAAUCAAUUUAAAAAUCUGCGUGAACUGGAAGUGUUGGAUAUCAGCUUUAAUAAAAUCAAAAAACUUGAGGGUCAACAUAUCCAAGAUCUGACGAAAUUGGGUUGGUGUAAUGCUUCACAUAAUGCCCUGACGGAAUUGUCCCGUGGUGCCUUUGCUCGCAAUGCUGUACUGAAGGUGUUGAAUUUAUCGCAUAAUAAAAUACAAAAAUUGGAUGCAAAUAGUUUUCGUGGUAUGCGGUUUUUGAGACGUCUCUAUAUGAGCGACAAUCGUAUUUCGGAUGUGGGUAGAGGCACUUUUGGUGCUGUGGCUCGUAUUGGUACGAUAGAUUUGGCCCGCAAUGCCCUGAAGAAGGUGGAUUAUCAAAUGUUUACUCAGUUGAAUUAUAUUGAGAUCUUAAAUCUGGCUGAAAAUAAUAUAACCUUGAUCGAAAAGAAUUCCUUUAAGGACAUCUAUCAAUCGGUCAUUAAUAUUUCGCAUAAUGCCUUGGAGACGAUACAACCGAAGGCUUUUGAAAAUUGUGUUAAUAUAACGGUAUUGGAUUUGAGUUUUAAUCGCCUGACGAAUUUCUCCAAGGGGGUGUUCGAUGAGACCACCUUUGCCACGGAAUUUCAAUUGAGCCACAAUUACUUUAGCAAUUUGGCGGAUGUCCCUUUGGAAUUCAUGAGCGCAUUGAAGGUUUUAAAUGUCUCCCACAAUAAUAUAACCACAGUACCGAAAAAUACCUUCCCCAAGCUAUACGAACUUCACACCAUCGAUAUAUCCCACAAUAAUAUCAGUUCGAUAUUCAAUGGUGUCUUUCAGACCCUCUUCUCUUUGCGUUUUGUUAACCUCUCUCACAAUAGUUUAACGGAAAUUAAAUCAUCAAUGUUCGGAACCUUACCCACCCUGCUGGAAUUGGAUUUAAGUAAUAAUCGUUUGGUGAAUAUUGUCCGAGGGGCCUUGGUAAAGCUGGCCAGUUUGAGACGAUUGGAUUUGUCGAAUAAUCGCCUGGAGAAAUUAUUUCAAAUUUCAAUAUCCCUCAAUGAGCUACAUAUGAGUCAUAAUCGUAUUAGUAAAAUACCAGCUGGAACAUGGCCUGUCAUGAAUUCAUUGCUCUAUUUGGAUUUGAGUUAUAAUGAAAUUGGAGAUUCUCUGGAGGAGAGUAGCUUUAGGGGGUUGUUGGUGCUGCAGCGACUGCAUUUGGAGGGUAAUGGCAUAACAAGGCCUCCUGUGGAAUGUUUGGCCGGCAUGUCCACCCUGCAGUAUUUGUAUUUGCAGCACAACAACAUCACGGUCUUGGAGAAAAGUGCCUUUGGCAAGCUACCCGUCCUCUUCGAGCUGAAUUUACACAACAAUGGCCUAUCCGAAUUGACGAAACGUUCCUUUGAUGGUCUUUUACAGCUGCUCAACUUGAAUAUGUCCUCAAAUGCCUUGAAGACCAUACCGAAUGAGGUAUUCUUUGGUCUGCCAUCAUUGAGGAAAUUGGAUUUGUCACACAAUAAGAUAAGCAAAUUGGAUAAUAAGACCCAUGGGGUCCUGGAUGAUCUAUUGAGUUUGGAAGAGCUCAACCUAAGCCACAACAAAAUAAGUUUUGUCACCAAGAAGACAUUCCCCGAAAAUCCCUAUAUCCCCUAUAAUCUGAAAUAUUUGGAUUUGUCCUACAAUCAAAUGCCUGUUCUAACCUACGAUAUUACCUUCGGAACGAAGAAGUUACUGAAAUUGAAUUUGUCGCACAACAGCAUCAACGAAUUGAGACGUGGUGUCCUUGGCAAUUUUACCCGCCUACAAUAUUUGGAUCUGUCGUAUAAUGAACUAUCAAAUUUGCAAUCGGAAGCCCAUCUCUUCGAUUUACCGAAAAAUUUAACGGAAAUCUAUUUACAAAAUAAUCAAAUCUAUCGUCUGCCCUUCGCUCAAUUCCUGCGGAAGGAGGAACAAUUUAAGACCAUCGAUUUAAGAAAUAAUAGUUUGACAGAAUUCCCUCUUUCGUUGGUGUGGAAUUUGCGGAAUGGUACAGAUGUUAGGUUUGAGGGUAAUCCAUUGCACUGCACCUGUGCAGCAAGGCCUUUGAAACAUUAUACCCUGCAGUUGGCGGAGUUGACGGAGGAUUUGAGAAAUGUUAACUGUGCAACGCCAGCGUUGAAUCGAAAUAAGUUCCUUAGAGAGGUGGAGGAUGAGACUUUGCAGUGCCCGGAGCCGGAUGAAAGGGAAAUGUACAAGGGAUUGGAAUAUGAUAAGCUGUCGGAUGUACGUUUUCGUGAUAUUGUGGUACACAACGGCAACAUCAGUGUCAUUUGGUUUGUGGUCACGUCCAGAGAUGUCGCUGAUUUCAUUGUCUUCAUACGUGAUCGUGACAAUAAUAUUUUAUAUCGUGAAGAUUUCCUCUAUAACAUUCGCCAGGCCGAUAUUCCGGUGUCGAUGUUCAGCGACAAUUUCGAGUUGUAUCGUGAGAUUUGUAUUAUCUCCAAGGAUAGCAAUGGAGAGACUGGCAAUUGGUUCCAUGCCCAAUGUGAUGAGCUGCCACCGCUGAAGGAGGAACGUCGUUUCUUUUUCUUUGCCUCCGCACCAUCACGUGGUCGUACCAAGUCUCGUUCGGCAGCUUCGAUGUCUGUGUGGCAGCCAAGUGUGGGAGUCGUGAUAAGUGUUCCAGUUUUCAUUGGCAGAGAUUGUCGAGAGCUGGAGUUAGACCAAGUACUAGAGAACCCAACUUGUGGCAGUGUCCGCAGUCGCCGUACCUUGUACUGA